CAACAGCAGCAGCAACUGGCACAGCAGCAACUGGCACAGCAGCAACUGGCACAGCAUCAACUGGCACAGCAGCAACUGGAGAGGCAACUGGAGCAGCAGCAGUGGUGGCGGUGGUGGCGGCGGUGGUGGCGGCGGCAGCGGCGGCGGCAGCAGCCCUGACGGCGGUGGUGAUGUCAAUGAUCUUGACAGACACAGAGACAGAGACAGAGAUGGGAAGGCGUGGUGUAUGCAAGAUGGACGAGUGUACGAGCAGGGGGAAGACUGGGAUGUUGACAGCUGUACCGCCUGUGUUUGCCAGGAUGGAAAAGUGGUGUGUCACCAGGAGUCUUGUCCUCCUGUAUCAUGCCUCUAUCCGACCUUUAUCGAUGAGAAGUGCUGUCCUGUCUGUCUCAAUGAUGAAAAUGGCUGGUCUCCGUGGUCUGAGUGGACCCACUGCUCGGUCACCUGUGGACGUGGAGGGCAGCAGAGGGGACGAUCCUGCAAUGGCAUCAUGCCGUCCUGUGCCGGUCCGUCAGUUCAAACCCGCAGCUGCAUGCUGAUGAAGUGUGACCGCAAGGGGCGUGUUGACGGGAAUUGGGGACUCUGGUCUCCUUGGUCUGCAUGCACAACCACAUGUGGAGAUGGCAACAUCACACGGGUGCGUCUGUGCAACAACCCUCCA